AAUUUUGUGCACGCUGUUAGGAAAAAGUAUUACUAACACACUCUCGGUAACAGGAGUUAGAGUUAACCGGGUAUAAAUGUAGCUUGGAGAACUAUAGCGUCAUUCCGAGUCGCACCGUUCACCAGAAGGCCGGUUCCCCAGCACGAACCAUGUCAGUCGGAACGAGCGUAUUUUUGACACUGCUGAGUUUGACAGCAACUGUCAACUGUCAUUCCUUCGAAACCGUUUAUUCCUGGAAAGAGAUUGACUUCAAUUUCCCAAAUGACUCUAUUCGUCAGGAGUACACAGCAUCCGGCGAUUACAUACAGAAGAACAAUGCCCCGGUUGGUAUAAAUAUUUGGAGAAACAAGUUAUUCGUUACGGUACCAAGAUGGAAGAAAGGAGUGCCGGCUAAUUUGAAUUACAUUGACUUGAGUCAGACUGAAAAUAUUGAAAUGUCACCUGCCCUGACGCCCUAUCCUGACUGGGACACAAAUGACAUCCAUUCAUCGUCAUCGAACGCUAUAGUCAGUAUCUUUCGUGUUAGAGUGGACAAGUGUAAUAGACUUUGGGGUCUUGAUACUGGGAUCGAUGACAUCGUAGGAGAUAAUAACGUAGUGGCGCCACCUACUCUUAUAGUAAUCGACUUGACGACCGAUAAGAUAAUACGAAGAUAUCCAUUGAAAGAUUCGGAUCAGAAAGCCGAUUCAUUCUUCGCUGACAUGGUAGUCGACGUCGAAGCUGAUUCCUGCGACAAUGCAUACGCUUAUAUUUCUGAUCUGGGUGGAUACGGACUUGUAGUUUACAGCUGGGCCGAGAAUAACUCCUGGCGAGUCAGUCAUAAUUACUUUUACUUUGAUCCACUCCAAGGUGACUACAACGUGAAUGGUAUUAAUUUCCAAUGGACCGAUGGGAUCUUUGGACUCUCUUUGAGCGAAAAGCAACAACCUCUUGGCUAUAAAACGUUGUAUUUCCAUGCAAUGUCGGGCAUCACGGAAUUUGAAGUUUCGACAAUAAUAUUGAAAAAUGAAACAACGGCUACGUCAAGCAAUAAUUAUUAUGACUUUGAAGUAGCUGGUAUUAAAGGUGAAUUGACACAGGGUCCAUCAUGCGUCAUAGAUACCGAGACUGGAAUUGAUUACUUUACGCACGUUAAUAGAAAUGGAAUUGGUUGUUGGGAUACGAGUGUCAAGCUGACACCAGAUACUUUCCAUAUACUGGCUGAGGAUGCGGAGAAACUUCGUUUCCCUAAUGAUCUGGCUAUCCGGUCAGAAAAUCGAAAACUAUAUGUUUUAGCCGAUAAUUUCGCAGAAUUUCUUAACUUGGAUAUAAGUUUAAGAGAAACCAAUUACGUCAUAACUGCAGCAAGUUUGGACACUUUGGCAAAUGAGUGCAAAUGUCAAAGUUAUUAAUGCUUUGUUUCAUAUGUAAUACUGAAUCCGGUAUACAUUCAUUAAUAAUUCAUUAGUGUACAAAAGAAUGUUGGUUCAAUAACUGUUGUGAAGUCUUUUCAAUAAAUCAGUUAAAAAAUAA